AGUAAGUGUUUGCUAUGUAGCUCUGUGGUAGUCGGGACUAGUUUAUUCUGUAAUUUAGCAACGGCAUUAGUAAUCUGGUUCCGUGUUCACUGACGGUAAAGAUGUAGCAGUCGGCGGCAGCCGCAGUGGAGUUGUGUUGUGACCGUGGAGCCAUAUGUCUAUGCAGACCGUGGGCCGGAUGACUACUAAGACAAACAACAGUUGAAGAAGUUCCAGUACGGUUAUGACCACUUGGCGACGUGAUCGUAUUUUCACAGUGCUGCGGUUGCGCGCAAGGAAUCUUCGCGCGGACGAAGUGUUGACUGCUGCCACUUGAAACUGUCGGAAGAAGCGUCUGUGCAGGAAAUCUUCAUACUGAACUGUUUCAACGAUUGCGUGUGCCAACGCAUUCAAAGACGCGCCUCCUGAAAAAAAGAGGCAGUUUUGAAGAUCGCUGUGCAGCAAGACUGGUUGAUGAAGAUGUGAAGCAGGUUGUGCCAGAUCAUAAACAGGGCGAAUGAUCUUGGAGCCAUUGCAUUCCAUUUGUUUACAUCACAGAAGGCUUUGUCAGCGGUAUAACAAGUCGGUGAACUCAGGCGGACCGCAUAUUCAGUUUAGGCGGAGUUGCUGUUAGUGUGUGUUGUGCUCAACACAAGUUUAUGCAAGCAAGCUGUGGUAUAAAUUGCUCCUUCUAACUGGAGAAAGAAAGGGGGCCAAGCUGCGAGGAAGCACCUGCAUCAAUAUUCCCACACGUUCAGCCAGGUGCUAUGUCAGCCACACGCACUCAAAGUCUGGACUCCAUUUCAGAAGGUACAAAAGGUAAUUACAUUGCACCUCAAGGCACAUCCUUGUUGAUGCCUGCUUUGCAAGGUUCUGGUGGUUUGUCAGCCGGUGCCACUUAUGAAGCUGAGGGAGAUUCCAAGGCAGAAGCAGACACACCGAAAACAAAGUUGGUGCUCGUACCUGGGGUCUCUGGAACACUGUUGGUCACAGGCAAUACACAUGUUCCCAGCAUGAAUUCAGCUUCGUCUCGGACUGCCUUAGAUAAUCCAAGCAAAUCUGCUUCACCUGUGGCUCAAACGAUUGCUUCAGGCCAGAAGCAUGAAUCAAAUUUUGGCUCGCACCUUCCUGCAUCAUUAAGAACAUGGAGCGAGCUUCAUGUUCACAAGCCUCCCUCCUUUGCAUACAACAGCAACCGCAUUGCUUCAAGAAAUGUGUCAAACAGCAACACUGUUGUGAUUAAAGAAAAAGCCAUGGUGCCAUACGUACAGAACAGUGCCAGUGCUUCACCAAGUAGGACCUCAGCAGUGUCUAGCGAGCCUGAGAUCGCACGCAGAGACAGACAGAUGGCGUUACUGCAUUCAAGCCUCAAGGACAGUGUUCUCAAGUCUUGUUCAGUGCCCUCUUCAACAGAGAGAUUGCCCGCGAAUUUAUUUUCAGAAAAACAAGAGUCGUGCAUGCCAGCUGCGUCAAGUCCUGAUCCCACUGUUAGCAGUGAUGGUGUGCUUGUGAAGUGCGAGUGCGACUUUGGACCAGUUGACCAAAAGACCUUGGAAAGGCACAUCAUGAUCGCUCAUGUCAAGCCAUUUAGUCAUAGUUGUGAACUUUGUGAUAGAAAAUUCCCCACACGAAAAGAACUUAGGGAUCAUAUUGGUUGCCACAUACGCACACAUACAGCUGCAGGACCAGAGGAGCCAUGUGGUGUACAGCAGUGUAGUAAAAACUCCAACUUCAUCCAGGAACGUGAUUCAUUAAGUGGAGAAAAAGCUUGCGAUUUGCCAGUGAGCUGUGUUGCUGCCGAUGACGAUGCCAGAGCACGUGAAAAAACACCACCUUUCAACGAAGUUGCAGCAGGAAAGGAGUCACACUGGCUGCUAAGGCCAGACCUAGUGGGUUCAGAUUGCUUGCUUUCUUUUUUUAAAUGCACAGUCGGACAGUGCAGGUACACAGCCAAUCAGGCAAGUGAUUUCUCCAACCAUCUUGCAUCACACAGCCUGAAAGAAAUGGGAGACCUUGUUUGCAUCUACUGUGGCAAAAUAUUUGAUGCCAUAUCAGUGCUUGUGCAACACAUGGAAGGCAGUCACCGGCAUAUGGUUUUCCAGUGUGGGCACUGUCUUUAUAGGUCAGUGCUACCCAUUCACGUUCAGCUGCACCACCAGUGGGCACACGCAGGGCAGGAGCCGCUGCUGCUGUUUAUGUGUACGAACCCUGUGUGGCAUGCUGCACUUGCCGAUGUCCCUACGCAGCGCGUCAGCCUGACACAUUACUGGUGUAGUGCUCCAAAUUGCGACUUCAAAAGUUUUAAUCCCGAGGUGUUUGAAUGGCACCUUAGGGAGUCCCAUCCAAAAGUCGGAGAGUACACCUGUUCUAUUUGUGAUUCGUCUGCUAGUAGCCCACGGGCACUAGUGCAGCACUGCGUCACUCAUGACAUGGAUGUGGUGCAGUGUGGCAUCUGCCACCAUUCUGAGCCCACGUGCAAGAGAAUGCUGAAGCACCUUUGUGAACACCACCCUGAUAGUCCCCUAAGACUUAUCUGCCGCACUAGCCAGCAAGUUGAAGAGUUUGAAAUGUGCGUGAAGACAUUUCAAGGAUUUGCAGAACAGCGUGCAAGUGGGGCCAGCUCGGCACCGGAACUUGCCGAGCUGGGCAUCAGUUCAUCUGCUGCUCCUCUGGACAUGACCGUGGCAUGCCGCUCAUUGCCACUAGCCCCAGCCAAGAAAACCUGCCCUUUCUGCCCAGACCGUGUUGUGACCUUGGCUGAUCUUGCAAACCAUUGUGUUGCAGCCCACCAGAUUAACCUUAAAAUUUCAGAGACCUUGGAGCUCAUGUUGAAGAAGCACUGUGCAUCUAUCGCCAAAGAAAGCUGCCUCUCCUGCCCAUUCUGUAAUGCAACAUUCCUGAACAAGGAUGAGCUUCAGGAGCACAUGUAUUGCGAGUUUCAAUACAUGCCUAUCCAGUGCGAUACCUGUAGUUAUUCCACCUCUAACAGAACCCGCUUGAAAGAGCACUUUUCAUCCAGCCAUCCUGAAAAGUGCCCAGUGUUUACUACUUGUGAAAAUGAAGAUUUUGAGUCCUGGGUGACACAAUUCGUCACUCAACAAGAAGCUCGCUGUAUCGUGGUUGAGAAACCGUAUCAGUGUGUCCACUGUCCAGAGCGAUUCCAAAGUGCCGAGGAACUAAGACUUCACCUGUAUACACAUCUGAAGUACUACCCGUACCACUGUACUAUAUGUGACGAGUGUUUCGUUAGCCAAGAAGAAGUCGAACAGCACCAGCGCAGGACACACAGUGUAGUGGGACAAUACUCAACGAAAGAAGUAAGAUUUGAGAGUAAGGAGACAAAGGUAGACUGUUUAAUUGAUAUGGCAACAAAAAAAGCACAAGAGCUUUUGGGAAAAUCAUCUUCGCAACAGUGUCCAUGGAAGGGAUGCUCGUUUGAAUCUUCAAUAGAAAAUGAACGUGCUAUUCACUUGAUGGUCCACAUGAGCCAGCGCAAUACAUGCGCUAGCUGCCAGUUCAGCUCCUACAGUGCCGAUGUCAUUGCAUGGCAUUCUAAGGAGCAGCAUAGUCCAGUCUCCAGCAGUACCAGGAAUCCUUCCUGCAGUGACAUACAUCCUGUGCCAAAGAGCAAUUCACGUUUGUUUGCUUGUGGUUUGUGUAGUUAUAGGGGACCAAACUCCAUGUGCAUUCGUGAGCACUCCAAGAUUGCGCACCCUGGCAAGGCAGCCAAAUUGGUUGUUCCUAAAAGGAAAGACCUGCACAGCCCAACCAACAAAAGUGUGGAGGGGACAGGGAAACCAAAGGAAGAGGAUUGCGAACAGAGAUGGUGCAUAUCUCUGGUGCGUCCUCCAAAGGGCGUCCCUCGCCUCACUCCAUGGUCACUGAAGAAAGAGCAGUAUUUGUGCAGCCAGUGCAAUUUCCUGGCUUCAUCAGAACAUCUGCUACACAUUCAUAAGGUCAAUUUCCACGUAGGUGCUCAGAGGCUUAAUGCAAACGCAGCCGUCAUUGCUAGAGCAAUCUCCAAUAUCUUGACUCUGGCCACUCACCGAUAUUCUGUGCCAGCUUCUGGUGUUCCUUACAAGUCUUCUCAAUCUGCAAGCCAGGUCAACAUGACUACUCUUACACCUGGUUUGCAGCAGACAGACAGUAUCUACAAAUGUCGCAAGUGUUGCUUGAAGUUUCAGUCAAGAACGAGCUUCUUCAAUCACCUGGUUGUGAAACAUUGUACAUAUGCUGUGUGCGAUACCUGUGGUGGGGGCCUAAUGAACAAUGCUCAGGCUCUUGCUCACGUAGCCAAGAAGCAUCUACCUUUAAAAAGCACUUUCACUUUACUCAGAGGCAAUCGGCAGUCCAUAUCAGCAGCAAGAAUAUUAGACAGCACAGGAAGCAAUGUCCCUAGCACUCAACAGUCCUCAGAAAAUGCCAGUGACGUUUAUGUUGUGACUCCAUGGGCUCCUGAUGUAAGAGUCCCUCUGCAAAACUUCUCUCGUCAGCACAACCUUAAUGUGCGUGUGCUUGUAAAUGAUUUUGGGAAGCUGCACAAUUGAGGUUUUUAAUAAAGUGCCUUUCCUUUGUUUCUUACUUGCAUCAGUGUAUGUGUCGGGGAUACUUGUUGCAGAUGUAAUUCAUCAAUGUAAGUUUGUUUAUAGCAGAUCAUUGUGGCAUUCAUUAUCACCUGCCGAGAAAAGUAAUGUUCAUGUUCACAUUGUUGUGUAACCAAGAACCUCGUGAAAAGAUGUAAUAAACAUUUUUCAUGGUGGU